AUGUCGAGUACAAGACAACAUUCUCCUGAGUUAUCCUCAUCCAGAAAGAGAGUUGGCAAGGCCUGUGACAGAUGUCGGUUAAAGAAGUCCAAGUGUGACGGAGCCCUUCCCUGUCAAAGGUGUAUUGCGGACGAUCAAAUCUGUGUCUUCAGCGAACGUAAAAGAUCAAAAGACAAGACUUAUCCUAAAGGAUACGUCGAACUUCUGGAGAGCAGAAAUCAAGUCCUUGCUGAAGCUUUACACAAAGUCCUAUAUUGCCAUCAGCACAAUAUCGACACAACAAACCUAUAUCCUCGGGAUGGAAAGAUAGUUCUGAAUGAAGUUUUGGGAAGACUGGACUCGUUUAAGGGACUACCAUCAUCGUUUAAACCAGCAAAAUAUGUCGAUGAUGCUUUGGAACACUUCGAGGAAGAGCAUCACAUGAGCCCUCGGUGCGAACGACAAGCCUCGGAAUGUUCGAGUGUCCCUUCCGCACGAACGUCUCUAGAUCUUUCUACCAUUGGAACCGGCUCUCCAGCGACCCCGGAUUUCACCUUUGACGGCCGAUACCUCUCCCAGCCUUCGAAAAUGCCAUACUUCGAUCAGACUGGCACGCUCCCACUAUCAAUCUCACCGUCCCUACUCAUGCCGGAUUUCCAAUAUUCGCAAGCGGCAAUGUCAUUCGAUACGGCUUUCACUAUGAGCGAUCCUUUGAUGAUGGACACCGACUGGCUUUGA